UAGAGUUGCCCCUUAUGUCACAAGUGCUUGAUCAAAUGAAAACCAUGGAAAAGCAGAUGGACACAAUGAAGCUGACACUUGAUAAAAUGGCAGCUGUCAUUUUGAAACAAGAGGAAGAAAUUGGGGAGUCUCUGGAGGAAGUUCUUCCAGAAAAGAUCAACACUGCCACCAUGAUGGAGGAUCUAGAAAUAAGACUAAAAGAAGAUGUGGAGUUCCAAAAGAAAUUGAUAACUAUACUAUCCAAAUUGAGAGGAGGGGCAGACCUGGCAUCAGUGGUCAGAGGCCAAAUGAGGUCCAUUUUUACCAAUGGACUAAUGUCCAGGUACAGUUUAACUGGACAAAAAGGGAAACUGUGCUUUUUGGACACUAGUUCAUGCAAAGUUAUUUUGAGAUCAAUUAGAAGAGCCACAAAAGAUAGGUUUAAAAUAAAGGACAUCGAGUAUGAAAUGGCUGAAGUCCUGAGAAAUGCUCCAAACCAUCCUGGAGGAGCAAAUUUUGUGAAGAAGAAUGUAGCUUGCAAAAGAAAAAGAGGAAUGGUUGAGGAGGAAAAAGAGAACUAAAAAAUGAAAUAAAUCGAUAUCUUCCCUUAA